CCGUAGACCGCGUAAGUUUGAGAUUCUGCUAGACACCGGUGCAGGAGGCGGUAGCUACAUAUCCCUUUCCUUAUGGCGUGGGCUCAAGCGACUCAUUCGACGACGUGCUGACGAGAGUAGGGCAGGGGCUCUCGAAGCUGCUAAUCCUCGUGACAGUGAUACCCCUCCGAUGCGUAUUCUGGGAUCCGUAGCACUGCCAGUGUUGUUUGACGGCGAUUCGUGAGUGAGAGACGUAGAGGUACGCGUGGUAGACGGGUUGCGUUACGGGUUCAUCGUGGGAGCAGACUUCUUCAGGCGGAAUGCUAGCGUGCUUGAUUUCAGCUCCAGCAGAGGCUUUAGGCCUGUACCAGCAGCACCCUGGGUGCCUUUUCUGUCGACGACACCAUACGCCUCUCACGCCGCAAGCCCCCUCCGUAACGCUCGGGACCAGUUUAGUCUACUGACGGCUACCCCCGAGAACGCCCCGAAGUGCCCGCCGUUCCCACAGAUAUGCCUAGCUACGAGGAUGUGGUGUGGGAGGACGACACCUCCUUCGAGUGGGACGUGCGACAAGUGCCGGAGACCACCGUCGUCGAGGGUUUCACCACCCGCGCGGUGGAAGCUGCGGCUGUGGGGCCACAACCGCAGGACAGGCAGCUAGUGAUGGUCUUGCCAACCGAGCGGUUUGAUCUAGAGCAGGGAGCUGUAGUCGGUGUAGCUCGUGCGGUAAUGUGGUGGGUCCCGGGGUCGCCUGUCUACUGCAAGUUGGUGAACUGUAGUAAGGAGAAGGCGGCAGUCGAGGGCAGCCGGGUGAUAGCUCGCAUGAUUGCAUUCAAUGUUCGCGACAAGCCGGCUUUCGAUUCGCUGUUUGACAUCGCCCCCUCCGCUGCCGACCAACCCCUGCCUCCCCGUGGACCGCGCGCCCCGAGCCCGUCCCCACCUAAUGGGGCAUCCGUGCCGCGUGUUCGCGUAGAGGACGCCAACCUGGGGACGCUGGGGUCGCUCAAGAAGCAUCAACUCGUCAACGUUCUCGCAGCGUUCAUCGAGGACGGCCUGUUUCCGAUCGACCCGAAACGAGUGCCGGCCUGCAUGAACGGUGAGCUUGAGCUUCCUCUGAUCAACGAGUUUUGCACGCCUUUCGCAGCCAAACAACGGCGUUUUUCUCCGGAAGAACGACGCAUGAUCAGGGCAGAGAUUCAGCAGUUGGUAGACCGAGGAGUGAUCCGUCAACCCAUGUCUCUUUGGGCUGCCCAGUGCUCGUGCGUCAAGAAGAAGGAUGGUACGCUGCGACUGUGCAUCGACUGGCGUGAACUCAACAAACUCUUGGUCUCCGAUAGUGGGGGUUUGGGUGACAUGCAGACGAUAUUGGACGGGUUGAAGGGCAAGAAGUAUUUCACUCAGCUAGACCUCGCCUCCGGUUUUCACCAGAUGGAAAUUGCCGAGAAAGACCGUUACAAGACGGCCUUUCGAGAUGCGGAUGGAAUGCUUUGGGAAUUUACGCGCGCGGGUUUCGGCCUGACGGUGCUUCCGGCGGCCUUUACUCGUAGAGUGAAAUCGGCUCUGGGGCAUCUAGCGGGCGUGUUUAGCUGGCUUGACGACAUUCUCAUCGCUGGCGACUCACNGAGAAAGACCGUUACAAGACGGCCUUUCGAGAUGCGGAUGGAAUGCUUUGGGAAUUUACGCGCGCGGGAAUUCCUCGGCAUGAUCAUCGACAGCACGGGUCUGUACCCCGCUCCGUCUAAGCUAGAUGCAAUCGCACGUAUGCCUCGCCCACACACCGUAGAAGAGCUGCGCACGUUUUUGGGUCUUACCGGUUACUUGCGUCAGUUUGUACCCAACUACAGUUUGACUGCCGCUCCGCUCACCAACAUCCUGCGCAACAAAGCCGUCGCUUCGAAACGUGCACGCAAGCUUCCAAUCCCGUGGUCCGUAGCUGAGGAAGACGCCUUCCAGUCUUUACGAGAAACGUUGGCUUCCCCGAAGGUCCUCGCUUUCCCUGACCUUGAGCGUCCGUUCGAACUGCACACGGAUGCUAGCACGCUGGGUUUUGUACCCAACUACAGUUUGACUGCCGCUCCGCUCACCAACAUCCUGCGCAACAAAGCCUUCGCUUCGAAACGUGCACGCAAGCUUCCUAUCCCGUGGUCCGUAGCUGAGGAAGACGCCUUCCAGUCUUUACGAGAAACGUUGGCUUCCCCGAAGGUCCUCGCUUUCCCUAACCUUGAGCGUCCGUUCGAACUGCACACGGAUGCUAGCACGCUGGGCUUCUNCCUUGCUUUCCCUGACCUUGAGCGUCCGUUCGAACUGCACACGGAUGCUAGCACGCUGGGUGUAGGAGCUUCGCUUAUGCAGACAAUCGAUGGUGUCACCAGAGCGGUGGCGUUCGCGAGCCACCGGUUUUCACAAACCGAUGCUAGACGCGGGCCCACGGAACGAGGAUGCAUGGGGGUCCUCUGGGCGGUAGACCACUUACGGCCGUUUUCACAAACCGAUGCUAGACGCGGGCCCACGGAACGAGAAUGCAUGGGGGUCCUCUGGGCGGUAGACCACUUCCGGCCGUACCUAGCGGGUAGACGGUUCAAACUGGUCACAGACUGUUCUGCCCUCACAUGGUUGUUCCGGAGCCGUGAACUCUGCCCCAAGCUGCACAGGUGGGCGCUGCGGCUGAUGGAGUACGACAUGGAACUGGAAUGGAAGGCGGGGGUAGAGCACGUAGUGCCCGAUGCUUUGUCCCGGUUGCCUGUGGCGAACCCGGUAGAGGUCGACGUCGACGAUUCGUUUCCGGAUGAUCUGUCGUGUGCUGCAGGCACUGCAGUAGAGAANACGAUUCGUUUCCGGAUGAUCUGUCGUGUGCUGCAGGCGCUGCGGUAG